AUGGGAGCUUGUUUAUGUAAACCAAAACUAAGACAAAAACGACAAAGACGUCGAAAACUACAUCGUCGUGUACCUGCUUCUUCAAUAAGUUCCCCACUAUCUGAUGCUCAUCUUAUUAUGAGUGAUACUUUUGAUUGUGGUGUUAACGAAGAAUAUCGAUUUAUCGAUGGAAGAAGAUUUCAUAAUGUUAGAAAUUCAAAAUAUAUGAUGCCUUGUGAUGAUGAUGAACUUGAUAGAUUACAUGUAUUGCAUUAUAUUUGCCGAUUCAUAUGGAAAUGUAAUUAUUCUGCACCGAUACAUGAUAAAUUGAGUUCUGGUGGUGCUCUUGUAUUGGAUGUCGGAUGUGGUACUGGCACCUGGGUCGUGGAAAUGGCAAAUGAAUUCCCUCGUUCUCACUUUACUGGAAUAGAUAUUUCUCCCGUGUUUCCAAGAGAAGCAAAACCUGAAAAUGUACUUUUUGCAGAAGCAAAUCUACUGGAUGCUGAAGAAAUAUCAACGUCUUUUGGUAAAUGGGCUGCCAAUAUAUUUCGUACGUUUCGAACAAAAUUUUCUUCAUUUCUUGGUCUUGAACCAGAUGAAUAUGAUAAAUUAUUGGAAGCUUGGUGUUGUGAGUUAAACGAUUGUAAACCUUAUAAU